GAGACCGAUUUGGAAAGAUAGCGAGGAGGAGGAGGAGAGGCAACGGGAAACCCAACCCACCCUUUGGUUUCCUCCUGCCUCCUUCUAAAACCUGCAGAUUCCUCCAGCCCGUCCAAGCGCCUGAAGUGUCCUCAGCCCUGCUGCCGGGACUGCGAGGGUCUGCUGAAAGAUGAGGGCCUGGAUUUUUUUCCUUCUCUGCCUGGCAGGCAAAGCCCUGGCAGCUCCGCAGGAGGCUCUGCCCGAUGAGACGGAGGUCAUCGAAGACCCCACCACAGAGGAGCCCGUGGGGGCUAACCCUGUCCAGGUGGAGGUGGGAGAGUUCGAGGAACCCACAGAAGAUGUAGAGGAGAUUGUCGCUGAGAACCCCUGCCAGAACCACCACUGCAAGCACGGCAAGGUGUGCGAGGUGGACGACAACAACUCGCCCAUGUGUGUGUGCCAGGACCCCUCCAGCUGCCCAGCCACCGCCGGCGUCUUCGAGAAGGUCUGCGGCACCGACAACAAGACCUAUGACUCCUCCUGCCAUUUCUUUGCCACCAAGUGCACCUUGGAGGGAACCAAGAAAGGACACAAGCUGCACCUGGACUACAUUGGGCCUUGCAAAUUCAUCCCUGCCUGCCUGGACACAGAGCUGACUGAGUUCCCCCUGCGCAUGCGGGACUGGCUCAAGAACGUGCUGAUCACCCUGUACGAGCGCGAUGAGGACAACAACCUGCUGACCGAGAAGCAGAAGCUCAAGGUGAAGAAGAUCCAUGAGAACGAGAAGCGCCUGGAGGCCGGUGACCACACUGUGGAGCUCCUGGCCCGCGACUUUGAGAAGAACUACAACAUGUACAUCUUCCCUGUGCACUGGCAGUUCGGGCAGCUGGACCAGCACCCCAUCGAUGGGUACCUGUCCCACACCGAGCUGGCCCCACUCCGUGCCCCCCUUAUCCCCAUGGAGCACUGCACCACCCGCUUCUUCGAGGCUUGCGACCUGGACAACGACAAGUACAUCGCCCUGGAGGAGUGGGCCAGCUGCUUCGGCAUUAAGGAGCAGGACAUAGACAAGGAUCUUGUGAUCUAAAGCCCCAGCUUCCGUCUCUGCUGCCAACUUUGUCUUGUUUUAACCUUCCCACUUCCUUCGGUUCUUAAACCGCUUUUGUUUUGUUUUUGUUUUUUGUUUUUUUUCCCUGGGAACAAGGUGCUAAUAUAGAUCUAAAUGUAUGUAGUAACGGUGCUAAGAGAAAUAACAGUCCUCGUUCAUAGCCUAAUCUAUCACCACUAGAUUACUCACCCGGCUGUUUCCGCACGCUCUUACCAGCCCUUUCUCUCUCCGACGUGUCUUUACCAUUGACCGACCCUGUUCCUGUCCUAAAUAUCCGCUCCGUCUCUGUAUCCGCUCUCGGAACGACUGCUCUUAACUUCUUACUAACUGCACGUUCUUGGACACGCCAGCGCAGAUGCAGGACCUCCCAGCUGAUCCCUGAUCCACCCCCCCAGUUACAGACCGCCAGCGAGGGACCGCAGAGCCAGAGGACGUAGGAGCAUUGGGCUUUUUGAGCAGAGCAGCUGUGGGUGACGUUGUGGUCACCCAGCUCAUGGUAGGGGGGAUGGAGAGAGGUGAGAAGGAUGUAGAGUGGCAGGAUUUCGUUUUCCUUUUUUUUUUUUUUUUUUUUUGUAAUUCCCAGGGCUCGAAUUUAACAAUCAUUGGGCACAAAAAAUAAAAGAAAAAAGAAAAAAAAAAAAAAGGGCUAAUCAAACAAGCGAAUAGGAAAGCGCACAAAAUUGAAAACAAAUAAAAUGAAACGCAUCCCAUCCUGUAAAAUCCCCUCGAAAAAUAAAGGUUUGAAAGUGCUACGUGCUUUACCAUUACUCAAG